UCCUAUCACGUAUAAACAAACGCAAAAUACAAUAUUCACACAAAAGCAACACAUAUAUUGCAUAUAGUUGUGUUUAUAAGUGUUAAAAUUACAAUGAAUGCGACGUAAUGAAAAAUUACGUAGGUUAACGCUGUGUGGUUGUCAUUCAUGUCCCCUUUGUUUACGCGGGGUUGGUACAGUUUUUGACCUAAUGGCGCUGCGGAGCCUUGCGUCUAUAUGUUGUCGUUCGUUUCGACGCGACCACAUUUCUACAAGACUGACACUUUCUGCUUUGCAACAGCCAGGCUGGAUUGGAUCACGUUUAGGAGCUAAAAGGCAUUUGCUGUCAGAGGAUGUCGUCAAACUUGAAGACUUCCAGCGAAGGAAGCUGGCAGUCGCGCACCUCAUCACCGGAUCAGAAGGAAAUUUUAUUGAGCUCUUUGGCCACAAACUGCAGAGGAACAACCUGGUUCUGCGAGACGAGCUCAAGCUGCUGCUUCACUUGUGUCAGUCUACUGAGGACAUGAAGACCGCCCGAGAUGCCAUUUAUCGGUACCAUGCAGAAAACAGGAACGUAGCGCAUGGGGAGUUCAAAUUUGGCCCAGUCUUCAUGAGACUGUGCUAUGAAUUGGGACUGGAGAAGAUGGCCGCCGCUACGCUUACCGAUCAGGAAAUGAGAGGCUUUUUUGGCGACCCCACCUCCUUCAACAUUGCCAUUGACAUGUUAUUUGUUAAGGGCUAUCAUGAAGAUGCUCUCGAAGUGUUGCGGUCCAUGAGGAGCCAAAGUGUGCCUUUCAACAAAGACACAUUGAUGCUGGCAUCUGCUGUCUGCUAUAAACUGAACACAACAGAGUCGCACGCGAUCUGCACGUCCCUCAUCGAGGAGGCUCAAGCCAAAGGGUAUUUUGUCCCCAGGCACGCUUACUGCUUCGCUGUGGCAUUAGCCCUCAAACAGAAUGACCUUGAAAAGGCACAACUGCUGUUUUCACAAAUCAUGAGCACAGACAGCCGACUGUGCCAAAACAUGAAGAUUUUGUUACUGGCGAUGUCCGGACAGACAGAAGAGGCCGUCAUGGUCCUUUUAUCAGCAGUCAAAUUUUCCAAAAGCCCGUCCUUUGUCAGGAAGCCGGAAUUUUCUCAAGAGGUGCUGGAUCAGCUGCGUCUUCAUACUGACGGCGAAGGGCAAGCGGCUGAAGUGGAGCAGGUCAUUUCCCAGCUGGAGCGUGCCGGUCAGGUGAGGCAGCAGACGCUUGAUGACAUGCUGUGCCACACGCCCGCCCCCAAGAGAAAAAUGGCCCCCAUCAUGGAGGAGAGGCGGACCAGGAGGAGGACAUUAAAGCCACUUCCCUCAACGCUGCUGUCUGAGUGAUGCGCUCAGCUUACUAUAGUACAUGAAUCAUCAUGAUGUGUUCUCCUGUAUAUUAAAAAUAUAUAUAUUUAAUAAGAAAAAGAAA